CGGGUAGUGAGAGUGCACGCGCAGUGGAUGUUUACUCGGCGUCGGCGGCGCGGACGUCAGAGCCAGCGAGCGAGCGAGCGCCCAGCAUGCACCGCGAGGCCGUUGAGAGCUCCAGCAGCUGCUAGUGAGUCUCGCCAGUCGCCCCAGCGCCGAGCAAGGCGACGGAGAAAAAUGCUGUGCGGACGCCAGUCGAGUCACCGCGGCGGCGUUUGAGUCACGAUUGUCUGUCGGUUUCCAUUUUGGAGGAUUCCUCCCUCCAUCCUCCGGGCAAUGACAACGGUCUCGGCAACCCCGCAGCAGAUGAGGGACCGGCUGCUGCAGGCCAUCGACAGUCAGAGCAAUAUAUGCAAUAUGGUGGUUGUGCUCGAGGUGAUUACCUGUCUUGAGAAGUAUCCUAUCACCAAAGAAGCACUUGAGGAAACCCGACUCGGAAAGCUGAUCAACGAUGUACGGAAGAAGACCAAGGAUGAAGACCUCGCCAAGCGGGCCAAGAAGCUCUUGCGGAACUGGCAAAAGCUAAUUGAACCUGGACCAGCGGUCGCCACGAGCGCUCCCGGUUCCACCAAUGGCAGCUCACAUCCCUGCAGGACGGAAGCCUCGCCACCUGACAUCUCUUUGCCGGCGAAGGGAGUCCCCGAAGUCAAAGUCCGAAAUGACGUUCACAACACGUAUUCGCCAAAGGCUGAAAAAUCAAGCAGCCGCAAGCGCCGGGCAGAACACAAGGACAGUGGAGUACACUUACCGGAAAAAAUGUCCAAGUUAUCUCCUUACGAUAACUCUGUUUCGCCGCCGCCCACCAAUGGGAUCGCGGCCAGUCCGGACACCCUGCUCGACCAGGAGGUCGUCCCGUCCCCUGACCGAUCUCGGAUAGAGCACCUUGACAACGACAAAAUCAACAGAAUUCCUGUCAAUGCCGUCAAGCCUCGGCCCAGCUCUCCCGGUGUGGCCAAACUCCCGAGCACUUCGUCUUUAAUCAAGGUUGCUGUAAUGCAGCAGCAGGCAAGAAUGGAUGAUGGCGGUGGGCAUUAUCAAGCCAGAAGUCCCCGUGGCCUUUCCACCAGUCCAAGGAGCACAAAACAAGACGCCACGACCAAGCGCUCUGCAGUAUAUGCACAAAUGCUAACAUCUGUUUCCAGCCCUUCGCCCAGGGAUUCACCCAUGCCUUUACCCCGACCUGCAUCCCCCUUGGCUCAAAGCGCUCACUCUUCUCAUAGGUCUUCAACUCCGUGGACAACCCCACCAGAGGCCCCUUCCCAUUGGCCCCCACAAGACUUAUCCAUGACACUGGAAUCCCCUUCGGUUUCACCCACGCCGCCUCGCCUGCAAAACAAUUCAGAACUCCAUCGGCCCGCGCCCGAAGCAGCCCCGGCCGUCUGGGACGACACGGACGGCGCGCUGACUUCGGCUUCGGAGUGUAAGAGGAGGAAGUACCGCUCUAGAGACUAUUCUGUUAACUUAGAUGGCCAGAAAAUAGAGGACACUACUAAGCCAGUACGGUUAAAAGAACGCAGGCUAACGUUUGACCCAGUCACUCGUCAGAUUAAGCCCCUCAUCCAUAAAGAGCCUUCUCAGUCAGAGGAAGCCCCCACUCCCGAGCCCAAGCAGAGAACUGAAAUUGGUGUCCCGCAGGCCACGGUGCCGGGGCCCAACCCCGUUGCCAACCCCAAUCCUUUUCACCAGACAAACUGGAAGGAGCUGUCCAGAAACGAAAUCAUCCAGUCCUACUUGAACCUUCAGAGCAACGUGCUCACCUCGUCCGGGGUGCAGGCCCAGAGCGCACACUUUUUCAUGUCCCAGUAUCUGAAAAGGGAAGAACAGGAAGUGAAAGAGUCGAGGCAAAUGCACGUUAUGCAGGUUGAUAGCCCGGCAUUGGAUUUACCGGGCGUGAGUCGGGACGUCAACGACGACGACCUGGACAGGAUACACAACCAGCACUGGCCCGGCGUCAAUGGUUGUUUGGACACCAAGGACACCUGGUAUGACUGGACAGAGUGCAUAUCGUUGGACCCUCACGGGGAUGAAAGCAAGCUGAAUAUCCUGCCGUACGUUUGCCUCGACUGAGGGCUCGCCCCCCCCCCCCCAAACUCCUGGUUUUUUUUGUUUUUUUUCUGUCUCCCCACACAGAUAAGAUCAUUUAGGAUUUUGUUUGUUGCAAAAUCCAGGCCUGCUAAACUCCCUCAUCCCUCCCGUGCCGCCUCCUCUAUCUGUGAUUGAGAUUUUGGUAUUAAAAAAAACAUGAGAAAUUAAAAAGAAUAUUUGAGUUUGUGAUACCAAGGGCUGAUUUUGUGUUCAUUUUUCAAGCUGAAAGUCACAGGAAGGAUGGAGGCCCUAUGUUGCAUAGCGCAGCUACUAGCAGUCAGAAGAGGGCAGAAUGAGUUCUGCGAGCAGAAAAGGUCAUCAAUAUUUUAGGCUCACAGGGUUGAUACUACUUUUUUUUUUUUUUUACCUUUUUGAAUCCUGUGAUACAUGGCUCAAUAUGAGGGUGGGCUGGUGUUUAGCUGUCCUGUUCAGGCUGUCAUACUGGUGUUCAUCUGCCAUGUUCAAGUAUAGGAGUCUGAAAUACUGGCAGUUACCAGAAGCUUUAUGUGAAUUAUAAAAGAGUAAAUUAUAGAGUUCUUGUCAUGUACACAUCUAUUUAUUUUGGCUAGUACAUUUUACAGGACUUUGAUUAAGUAUUUUUCUUCCAUAACGUUUUUUGUGUUGUCACUGUUGUCAGUCUCACCUUUAUGUUUCACGAAAUCCCCCCCCCCCCCCCCCCCCACUGCCCUGUUCCAUAAAUUCAUUUGGAUUUAACAUUCCAUAGACCUUCACCGUAAUGCACUGUCUCCAACACCCAGAAAGAAAAAGUGUGCUCAAGAAGAUGAUUUCAAACAACCAGAACUCCCAACUGUGUAAAAGAAAGUCUAAUUGGAAUAGUAAUCCUGUAUUACACAAAAGUUAGUUCUGUAUUUUGCAGUUAUUGUAAUCUAUCCUAAUUUAGGUGCAUUGGUGCCUUGAGACGAGUGUUCCCAAUUUACGAGUUAAGGUACGAGCAAUUGUUCAGCCAUUUUUUUUUUAAAUUUCUCAAUUUUAUUGGGGAGGUGUUCGAACAGAAGUCCCAAGUAUACCAUGACUUCCAGGUUAACACCAGAAGGAGCAGCAUGAUUGACAAAACCAAAUUCCAUACAUUAUAUUUCAAGAUGCUUUUAUAAAGUACAAUAUUACACAUUGCAAAAAAUGUCACGCGUAGCUGUCGGUGGCUCAAACAGCCAUUUCCAGUCAUUUCAAUCCGGGAAGAUAGAAUCUCAAGGCACCAGUGUAUUGGUUCAUACAGAGCUCAUUCCAUUUAUUUAUUUUUUCAACCUCCAGAGGUACGUUGAUCAACACAUGCCCAAACAGUUCAGUUUUCGAGAUUCCAAAUUUAACUCCUUCAACGUUAGUAUUUUUCAAUUGUCAAGCCAAACAAAAUGGAGACACAAAGAGAGCCCAGUGUCGGUCACAUCAUUUUUGUGUGAGCAUGCAUUUUUGAUUUUGCGUUUCCGUUCUGCUCACCCGUCACCAUCAUCCCACUAGACGUCAGAUUGGAUAGUGCACUUGCUCAUUCUUCCCUACCAAUGUGCCUUUGGUAAAUUGUAAAUCUGCAUUUGCUUCCACGCGUGAGGCCCUGUCGUCGUGGCCGGGUAGAAAGCUCCAAAUCCUGUGAUCAGUAUGAAGCUGGUAUAUGCAUUGUUUUCUGUCUUUUUUUUUUCUUUUUUGUACACAGAAUUUUUGUGAGGGUGCAAGUGCGGAAGGCAGAAGAAGUGCACACCACAGCUGGCAAUAAAAGUGCUACAACUGGUUGAUAAGAAUGUUUUCAGGAGUUUUGACUGGGGUAUCUUUGUUCAGUGUUUAACAUCUCUCAAUUGUUUGACAAAUAAAAUGAUCUAAUUCUUAA